AUGGAUGCCUUCACCCCCAAUCUCAGGCGAACGGCUUUCGAAAGACUCGCUUUUCUCGAUACCUUGGACUCCCAAGACAAGCCCUCCAAGCUCAGUGUUAGUCGACUCAUCAAGGAAUGCCGGGCCCCAAGUUCGAAAUCGGUUGCUUUUGGAGAUGGGUUUGCUCAAGCGCAGUCGAAAGCCCCUAUGACACUUCGUGAACUUGAAAUUAUCCUUGCCCUAACCAAGGCCGCGCCGAAUGUCACUUGCCACGACCAAGUAUUGGGUCUCGCUUCACAAUUCUCUGGUUAUCUGACAGAGUCAUACAAUCAGCAGUUUCGAGCUUCUCCUUUCUUGCAUGAAAUAAAGCCAUCGCCGUGGGAGGCCCUCACACACGACUUAACCAAAGCCCUUUUGGACCUAAGUUUGAACGAUGCCUCGGUUCGAGACCAGGCCACGACUGCGGUAGUGGCAUACUUGGAUAACUGUGCCCGUGCGGUGAAGGGAAUCAUCAAAAACGGAAAUAAGCAGAAUGGAUCUGAAGGUCCCGUUGAACCAGUUGAAAUUCUCAUCACAGCCCUUUCAUUAGCCGGGUUUCUGGAAGGUGCAUCACACUCUACUCAACUAUGGGUUGCGGCAGAGAAGUCGGCCAUUAUUGAGCGGUUGCAAACUAUACUGUCCGACGACUUCCUUGUGGCUGUGGAGACUGCGGCCUCAAAAAUCCGAAACUCGAGUGCAACGGACUUUACUAUACGGGACUGGAGGAGAUAUAAUCGAAGAUAUGCAGCUAAGCGGCGGCCACUCGGUGCCAUGUUAUUACAGCAGCGAUUUUCACGUUUCAUCAAGUCCUGUACAGUCACUACGAUCCUGAGACGCGCUCCACCAAGUGAUGCUGCAUUUUUCGAGAAAUAUGCGGAUGAAUUGGUGGCGGCCGAGCCCUUUACUGAAAGUGAAGAAGCUGCACUUGUGAAGUAUAUCGUCGGCAUCAUAACCGAUGGGAUUCACCUUCUCGAAGACGGCGCGGAUUACCUACAGAUUGGUUCACAGUGGCAGCAAGAACUCGCUUUCUCAGUGAAAGCCUCAUCCCUGAUCGCAUUUUUGAAUUGCAUGAGCGCAAAUGAGGAGCUGGCAGAUACUGAUUUAUUGUUAUCAUGGCUUGAGGAUACACUGGCUGAUGCAAAUCAAAUGGCAGCUUUUGAUCUGGCAACCACCGCGCUCGAAGCCAUUGCGGUCACCGCAAAAUUGUUCCCGUCCAAUGCCUCUAACCUCAGCCAUUUACUUCUGAAGUUCAUUAUACAGGGUGGUGCAAGUCAGCCAAUUCUCUCCGUUGCUGCCAGCUGCCUCGCUAAGGUCCUGAAAAUUCUUUCACAAGAUUUUGUGAUUACGACCUUAUACUCACUAGGCAAUGUCUUGAGCCCAACAGUAGGAGGCGUCGAGCGACCUGUUCAGCUCCCAGCAGAGACACCCGAGAACAACCCUACCCUGGAUGCUUAUAAUUCAAACACCGAAAGUGUCGUGUCUCUGUCGUAUACCAGCGAAGAAGACUCAACGGUUACGCAUCGUAAUGUCAUUCAUGCAAUUGCCACCAUCGCCGUUAGUUGUGAGGAUGAAAAAAUUGCAGCUUUGGCUCAAUCUAUGCUCCUUCAGAAAAUUGGAAGAAUCAGCCUUGUAGCUGAUGCCUAUAUCGUUCAAGAAACCGCUUCCCUGGCAUUGGUCAGCAAGCAUUCCGAGUUCCAACUCUUGUUGAAAUUUUAUGCGCGUCUUCAUCGAGAGGCUCUACUAAGGGGCCAUAAUAUUAUCGCCGACGCGGUCCAUAAUGCCAGAAAUAAUCUCUCGAUAAUUCUUAGGGAAAGUCCAUCUCACAGAGGCAUAUAUCUUGUGCAUUUGCUAGAAGGGAUUAUCAGUAAGGGUGAUAUGACGGAUCUCGGACGCGAUCGACCAAAGGAUAUAACACUAUCACCCGAUGAUAUUACUCCAUUUCUGAAGCCACUUGCUCUCCUUUUAAGUGACAAGAAUGGGGGAGAAGUUAAACCCACCGAGACUUAUCAAUAUGAUGAAGACACUGCUGCUUUGUUCCGCGACGCCUGGUUUAACAUUGCAGUGCAUGGCAUCUCGGUUCAGUCAGAUGUUGGUCGGCGGUACAGGAAUGAGCUAUCUAUUAUUGCUGAGAAAUCGCCUCCAUUGGUACCCGAGAAUCGUACUGAAAUACUGGAAAGCGAUGUUGAGCUCAAUAUUACCCUGAGACGUGGCAUGGGACACCAACGGUUGGCUGAACAGAGAAAGCUCUUAGCCAGCGAACUCCCAGAUCAUGAGUCCAAUAUCAAGCGUAUCAACUACCAGGAAAUCGUGUUCUUGAAUGCAAGCCUGUUGAUAGAGAGUCUCCGAGCUUCAGCUGGAGACUGCACAAAGAUCCUGCUGUACUUCUUGGAUCCAUCUCUGAGCUCAUCUGAGUUGGGCAAAUGUAUGGAGGCUGUUGCAGACAAAGUUCUUGACAUAUAUCUGUCGAACGCUCUUUCUGGCAAGGGUGAAUAUUCUGCUAGUCCCCAUCUAUCAAGACAGCUUGCAGAAAUCUUCGUUUAUUGUUGUCAUCGCAUAAACCGUGUCCAGGAAAUAGCUCUCAACUGUGCUAGCAAAAUCAUUAGCCGAUCCCCGUCCGUUCUAUGUGACCGGAAUCCGCUUUUUAUUUUAUUAGAUCUUCUUACUAUCAUUUGGUCAUCGUGCUUGGAAAAUGAGUUGGACGAGUACGGCUGGAAGUCCACUCUCACGAAAGGCAAUGUCACAGUUGAACUGUCGGAUAAUCAUGAAUCCAGGAAACGGACUCUGGGUUUGUUCCAUAGUCGCGCCAAAGCCUGGAUGAUUGUUGCGAUCAACCUUGCUCCCCUCGAUGUUAAGGGUCUCCUGCAGACAUACCUAUCCGACUACGACGAUGAUGGUGCAUAUGGUCACAUCUCGCUAGGGCGUUCAUUUGCUCUGGAUAUGGCAUCCCAAGUUCCUCAGAGUGACCAGCGACUGGGUUACAUUGAGAACUACGGAGUCGAAAAUGUUAAUUGUGCCUCUGAUUUGAUCGCACAGUAUACUAGUCGCCAGGAAUAUAGAUACUCGGAGUUUUCUCAGAACUCUGACCGACGAAAAGAAAUUGGCCACCUCAGCACAAAUGGCACGAUUGACCCAUAUCUCAACCAGUAUAUUGACCUGAUAGAAAACCUCCUGAAACAGCUCGCUCUUCGUAUUUCUACUGGUUAUGAUCUAUCUAGCCACGAGUUGCAUGAUGCAUUACGAAAAGCUGCAGCAUUACUUUGCAGGAGUGAUGGUGAUCUUCCGUCGAUUGCUCAUUAUCUUGUUGAUAUACCUUUCCAAAUAUUCAGCAAAGAGUCGAUCAAGUUUGGUAUAUCAAUCUGGCUGGGUGUUAUCAAUGAAAACCCGAAAACGGAAGCAAGGAUCUUGACAGAGGUAGCUGCAGCUUGGGAGCAGACUGUUCAGCGUAGGAAAGGAUUAUUUGACCCUGAAUUCAACCACCCGGAUCCAUUCUUUACAACGAUCGAGCUGCUUCCUUCGGAUAAAACAGCACUGCUCCGACAACAACAUCUGGCCCAGGAUGUUUUAUCUCCUCACUUGCGCAUUUUGCAAUUUUUUGAAAGCCACUUCAAUGCCACACGAAUUGCGAGUCCCAAUCUGCAAAGGAUUUUCUCGCGAAUGAUCAGCCGGACGCUUGCUGGCUUACAGCACACCAACGGUCAUCCUCUUUCUCGAGAAGUUCAUUUUCACAUUAUCUUGCUAGGAUUGCGGAUAAUCCAGCAUUCAACGACGCAAAGCCGUGCUUACAAGUGGAAGCUAAAAGAUUUGUUGCUGUCAGCCGCUCUCAGCUGGUUCAGACAUCCGCCUAGGUGGUCAUUUGGCGGGAACCGUCUCCAGAUGAAAGCCGAAGACAAAUUGUUGAAGGAUGUUGAAGAUGCCCUAAAGCACACCGCAAGCAUUUGUUCCUCAGCAGUUGGCUAUCGACAAUCCUUGCGAAAUAAGCAGGAACUUCUACAAAUUUUAAUUGAGAACGAACGAACGCGUCUCAAAGUAUGGCUUUUCCCACUCGAGCAGGAACGGAAACAUUAUAUAUCAGGCCUCGGGGCCAAACAUCAAUCCGAGGCUAUUGAUCAGCUGUUGCGGACCGCUUGGGGCGAAAGUGCAAGUUUGGCGAUUCAAAUGUGUUCUCGUUUUCCAUCACAGAAAAUCCACAACGAUGUGCGUUGGCUGCUUCUCAAUUUCCCGGAGAAGGCAAUAGAUGUUCCUGAAAGCCUAGAAAUGAUGUUCGGCUCAUCUUUGCCGUCAGAUGUUUCUUUCCAGCUGAAGUAUCUCUUAUACUGGAGUCCUGUUGCACCUAGCGAAGCAUUGACAUACUUUUUACCGGCCUACGGGAAUCAUCCAUUCGUGCUUCAAUAUGCUAUGCGAGCUCUAGAAAGCCACUCCAUCGACGUCAGGUUCUAUUUCGUUCCACAGCUUGUGCAAGCCCUACGAUAUGAUGCCCUAGGCUACGUUGAAAGAUACAUUUUCGAAUCUGCCAAACUGUCACAGUUAUUCGCUCACCAAGUGAUCUGGAAUAUGAAAGCGAACGCUUACAAAGACGAAGACUCUGAAAUUCCUGACUUGAUUAAACCCACGUUGGACAAAUUUAUGGAUAAAUUGGUGUCCAGCUUCUCGGAUGAUGAGCGUAACUUUUACGAACGAGAGUUUUCCUUCUUUAACGAGAUCACUGGCGUUUCGGGCAAGCUACGACCGUACAUCAAGAAGAGCAAAUCCGAAAAGAAAGAGAAGAUCGAAGAGGAAUUGCGUAAGAUCAAGGUAGAAGUAGGAGUUUAUCUACCUAGCAAUCCGGAUGGAAUCGUCGUCGGAAUAGAUCGCAAGUCAGGAAAACCAUUGCAAAGCCAUGCAAAGGCACCAUACAUGGCCACAUUCAGGAUUCAGAAGACCAAGGCAAUUGAAGGUGCCCCAAAGACGAAAGACCCGCCUGAAAACGAGAAAGAACAUAAAGAACAUAACCAAGAGACAUACGAGGUUUGGCAAUCAGCUAUUUUCAAGGUCGGAGAUGAUUGUCGACAGGAUGUUCUGGCACUGCAAUUAAUAGCAGCAUUCAGGAAUGUAUUCAACUCCGUCGGUCUGGAUGUGUGGGUAUUUCCAUACCGAGUCACAGCUACUGCGCCUGGAUGUGGUGUAAUUGAUGUCUUGCCGAACUCAAUUUCGCGCGACAUGCUUGGUCGUGAAGCAGUCAAUGGACUCUACGAUUACUUUGUUUCGAAAUAUGGCGGAGAAGAAUCCACUAGAUUCCAAGAGGCGCGGACGAACUUUGUGAAGAGUAUGGCAUCGUACUCCGUCAUCUCGUACCUGUUGCAGUUCAAGGAUCGACACAAUGGCAACAUCAUGAUUGACGACGCGGGCCACAUCAUUCACAUCGAUUUUGGAUUUUGCUUUGACAUUGCACCAGGAGGCGUACGUUUUGAGAGAGCUCCUUUCAAAUUAACUUCCGAGAUGGUGGCAGUUAUGGGAGGCGGGCCGCAUCUCACUGGCAGCAAUGCCAAUGGCAUAAGCAACGGUGCUGUCAGUAGCAAUGCCGGUGGCAGUGGCAGCACAUCUUCAUCGAUCAACGCUCCUACUCUACGUAUACCCGGAACACAUUCCCACGACCCAAUGAGCACGCAACCAUUUCAAUGGUUUGAAUCACUCGCAGUCAAAGCCUUCCUCGCAUCCCGCCCCCACGCCACGAAAUUCAUUCAAAUAGUCACAAUGAUGAUCGACAGUGGCUUACCAUGCUUCAAACCGGACACGCUGAAAAAUUUCCGCGACCGUUUUGUCCUCGACAAGACCGAACGAGAGGCUGCGGAUUAUAUGCGCGAGUUGACUCGGAAGAGUUAUCUCAGUUUCUCGACUAAGGGUUACGAUCAGUUCCAGUUGAUGACUAACGGUAUUCCUUACUAG